AUGGUGUCAGCCCCCCUGGCAGACACCAAUCAUCUGAGUGGGUAUGGUGGUGGUUCGAUUGAGAGGACAAUGGGAUAUUUUAGAGACAGAGAUAUUUUUGACUGUGUGUAUGUGGAUAAUAGGCCAGUGACUGGCCUUCGACUUUACUUGGAAGGAAAAAGAAACAAUUGCUUAGCAAUCCAUUUGCAGCACCUUUCCUCCUUGCCAAAAAGCUUUCAACUUCAAGAUGAACGAAAUGGCAACUUUGGUAACUCUUAUGAUCGAAGGUACUAUGAGAAGCUCAAGUGGAAGAGCUUCUCUCAUAUAUGCACUGCCCCUGUUGAAUCUGAUGAGGAUCACUCCAUUGUUACUGGAGCCGAGUUUGAAGUUAAGGACUCCGGUCUAAAGAAAAUUCUCUUCUUGCGCCUCCAAUUUUCCAAAGUUAUUGGUGCCACAGUGGUCAAGAAGCCUGAGUGGGAUGGCUCCCCUAACCUUGUCCAAAAAUCUGGAAUUAUCUCUACAUUGAUUAGCACACGUCUCUCAACGAAUCAGAAGCCACCUCCACGACCAUCUGAUGUGAAUAUUAACUCCGCUGUAUACCCUGGUGGCCCUCCAGUGGCAGCACAGAUUACUAAACUCCUGAGGUUUGUUGAUACAACAGAGAUGACAAGAGGACCACAGGACCCACCUGGGUACUGGGUAGUGUCUGGAGCACGGCUUGCUGUUGAGGGUGGUAAGAUAUCUCUCCGCGCCAAAUAUUCUCUCUUAGCCGUGAUUUCGCCAGAUGUAGAUAUGUCAUUGGACUGCUAG